AUGAGUAGAUUUGCAAACAAGGAAGGCGCAAGAGGGGCCGCAGGAGGCGACGAGGAGGAUCCGUCGCCAUUUCAGAAAGGCCACGAUGCUAUCCUUGCGCGAGAACUCAAAGUCGAAUCGGUUACCUAUGCGCCGACAAGCAGCAAUCCUCACGAGUCGCGCAACGUCAUGAGCUUCACGGUACCUAAGCAGCUGUGCAACGCUGGUGGUAUGCUUCAUGGCGGAGCCGUGGCUUUGAUCUUUGACAUUACGACUUCCAUGGCCAUUACUCCUUGUAUCCGCGAAGGGUUCUGGGACGGCGGACAUGUCUCACGUAACUUGAACACGACCUACCUUAGGCCUGCGGCUGAAGGCUCAAAGGUCUUUGUCGAGAGCUGGGUCGUCCAUCUUGGGAAACGAUUAGGGCAGACGAGGGGGGUGAUGAGGCUGGGGUCUGAAGACGGCAAAGUCGGCUAUACCUGUGAACAUGGGAAAGUGAGCCUGGGUAGUAAUCUGUAA